AUUGAAACGAGUAAAAUCUGUCCGAAAAAUCUGAUUUUCAGGUUUCGUUGGCUGUGAAUAAGAGAGAGAGUUGCGCGGUAGCAAUGUACGAUCAUUCACUAUUGUGGGUGGGAAAAGAGAGAGAGGGGUUGAUCCAUUUUCCAGAACGCUAUAGUAUUAUGGAGACGCGAUGCCUCAGUGGCUUCUCUGACACUGAGUCGCGCGCGUUGUAAUACUCAGGAAAGGGACGCUAAAAUCAUGGCGCGUAAAAAAAUUGUCAAAAUAUUCAUUUUAAUGCAACACUAAUCAAUUCAAAAAAUUCGCAAUAAAAUGGUGUGAAAAUUGAGAAACCAAUCAACGAAUCAGUGGGGGGAGUGAGGCAAAUUAAAAAAAAAAGAUGAUAAUAUUCUAGAGACUGACAAUGACUCUAUCGGCAUCAUCUGAAAAAUCAACGCAAAACAACAAAAUGCUAAUUGAAGAACAAUCAAGUACCAUCGUACGACAAUCGUAACAAUGUUCUCGUCAUGAGGAUCCUGUCCCUCGUCCUUCUAAUUUGCUUUUGUCGAGGGGAGGGACGAAGAUCAAAAUCUUCCCUCGCCUGGAAUUGGCGUACUGAUACAGUUGUUGGAACAUCAAUGAAAUCCGAAUUCAUCAACGAUGAUCAGGAGUCUUCUGAUUCAAUUCAAGAGGAAAUACUUGACAUGAAGAAAUUGUCUUUGAUCGAAUCACAAACUGAAAUUACGCCGAUAAAUCGAAAUAAUGUAUUUCGACAUAAUAAUAAUAAUCGACAUAAUCAUCGUUUAGAAAAUCCUGAGACACAUCAUUUUAUCAGACAUAGUGAAAAUCUUCAUUAUCGAUCAGUAACGACAAUUCAACAACCAACAUGGCCCGUGAAGAAGGAAGCCGUUGUCGAAGGGAAUUUACUGUUAGGAGGAUUGAUGAUGGUCCAUGAGAGGGAGGAUUCUAUUACAUGCGGUCCCAUAAUGCCUCAGGGCGGAAUUCAAGCUCUGGAAGCAAUGUUGUAUACAUUGGAUAAGCUUAAUGAGGGAGAGGGCAUCAUUCCAGGUGUGAAAAUUGGAGCGCACAUACUUGAUGACUGUGACAAGGAUACUUAUGGCUUGGAAAUGGCAGUUGAUUUCAUUAAAGGAUCAAUAAGCAAUAUCGAUGGAGCUGAAUACCACUGCAAUAAAACUACAGUUCGAAAAGUCAUUAGUGGAGUCGUAGGAGCUGCCAGCUCUGUCACAUCGAUUCAAGUUGCCAAUCUUUUGCGUCUCUUUCGAAUUCCCCAGGUGUCCUUUUUCUCAACGAGUCCUGAACUAUCAAAUAAACAGCGCUUUGAAUAUUUUACAAGGACUAUACCGAGUGAUCAUUAUCAAGUCAAGGCUAUGGUAGAUAUCGUAAGAAAAAUGAACUGGAGUUAUGUUUCUAUUAUUUACGAAGAGAGCAACUAUGGAAUUAAGGCUUUCGAGGAACUGGAAGAUCUUUUGGCGAAAUAUCAAAUUUGCAUUGCCGUUAAAGAAAAACUUGUUAAAGAUUCAGGAGUGGCUGAAGAAACGGCUUAUGACAACAUCGUGCAAAAAUUAUUAACAAAACCACGAGCAAGAGGUUGCAUAAUUUUUGGCUCAGACCAAGAAGUUGCCGGGGUAAUGAGAGCAGUGAGACGUUGUAAUGCUACUGGAGCAUUUUCUUGGAUUGGGAGUGACGGGUGGAGCGCUCGAGGGCUCGUAAGCAAUGGAAAUGAAGCCGAAGUUGAAGGUACACUAUCAGUACAGCCUCAAGCAAAUCCCGUCCAAGGGUUUGAAGAAUACUUUUUAAAUUUAACAGUUGAAAACAACAAGAGAAAUCCAUGGUUUGUUGAAUUCUGGGAAGAUCAUUUUCAAUGCCGAUAUCCAAAUGCAUCUUUAACACCAUACAAUGAAAAAUACACACAACCAUGCACAACGCAAGAACGUCUUACAAAGCAAAAUACAGCAUUUGAGGAUCAACUUCAAUUUGUUUCUGAUGCAGUUAUGGCAUUCGCCUAUGCCUUUCGAAACAUGCAUAAGAAACUUUGUCAUGGUAAGAAAGGACUUUGUGAUGCUAUGAGACCAACAAAAGGCACCGAGCUCUUGCAAUAUUUAAGAAAUGUAGAAUUUGAAGGUUUAAGUGGAGAUGAAUUUAAGUUUGAUUCAAAUGGAGAUGGACCCGCUAGAUACAAUAUAAUACAUUUUAAACAAACUUCAACAGGAGUGUACAAUUGGAUUAGAGUGGGCAAAUAUCUCGAUGGCAAAUUGUUGCUCAAUAUGUCCGAGGUGCAAUUUAAACUUGGACAUCCCCAACCACCAGAAAGUGUAUGUUCAUUACCCUGUGAAGAUGGACAGGCAAAGAAAUACGUUGAGGGAGAAAGAUGCUGCUGGCAUUGUUUCAAUUGUACCCAAUAUCAGAUACGAGAUCCAGAGGAUGAAACACAAUGUGUUAUGUGCCCUCAAGGCACAGUUCCUGAUGAAACUCAUUCCUAUUGUCGUGAUAUACCGGAAGAGUUUUUAAGACCCGAAAGUGCUUGGGCCAUUGGUGCAAUGUCUUUCUCUACUACAGGAAUAUUGAUGACACUCUUCGUUGUGGGUGUAUUUUUAAAAUUCAACGACACGCCCGUUGUUCGAGCUUCCGGUAGAGAAUUAUCUUACAUUCUUUUGUCCGGAAUUUUAUUGUGUUAUCUAGUAACCUUCACUUUAAUCCUACGACCAUCCAACAUUGUUUGUGGAAUCCAGCGAUUUACAGCUGGAUUUUGCUUCACCGUAGUUUACGCAGCAUUAUUAACGAAAACCAAUAGAAUAUCGCGAAUUUUUAAUGUGAAUAAACAUAGCGCAAAACGACCAUCAUUUAUAUCGCCAAAAUCACAACUAAUAAUAUGUUCGGGUCUCGUAAGUCUGCAAAUACUUAUUAAUGGCGUUUGGAUGAUAAUUGAUCCGGCAAAAGCAAUGCAUCAUUAUCCAACGAGAGAGGACAAUUUACUAGUUUGUAAUAGUUACAUUGACGCGAGUUAUAUGAUUGCAUUUACCUAUCCCAUUAUACUUAUUGUUAUUUGCACGGUAUAUGCUGUACUAACCAGGAAAAUACCGGAGGCAUUUAACGAGAGUAAACACAUCGGUUUUACGAUGUACACCACAUGUGUAAUUUGGCUUGCAUUUGUCCCUCUGUAUUUUGGUACCGGAAAUCACGUGGCUCUAAGGAUUACUUCGAUGUCGAUAACAAUCAGCCUUUCGGCUUCCGUGACUAUAGCUUGCCUCUUCAGUCCAAAGCUUUACAUUAUUUUAAUUCGCCCGGAGAGAAAUGUCAGACAGAGUAUGAUGCCAAAUCGACACAAUACAACAAAAAGUUCCGGACUCACUAACGCAUCGAAUUUAAUGGCACCUGUCACUUUGACAGCGGUUACUUGUGAUCAAAAUAAAGCUGUCAAAAGGCAUGUUACUACUACCAUGGACUGUUCCACUCAAAGUGAAAAUUACGAGAUGGAAUCAACAAAUAAAAAGAAUGGUAAACCACCACCUUCAUUGAUCUCGCGUUCAACUCAAACGUUAGCGAACCACAAUGAGGGUGAUUCAAAUUCAAUAACAUCAGUGGUGUCGAAGGAAACGAAUAAAAAUUCUAAAGAAAAUUCCGUUACUACGAAGGAAUUGAAUACAAGGAUAGGGAAUGGACCCGUAAGCCAAAAUGACGUUUCUUUAUAGCAGGAAUACGUUUCGCAAGAUAUUUCAUUGAUAGAAGCAAACCUCACGCCAAUAUCUAAGGAACCAGUGAUCGUAUAGAAAAAUUCAAAUAGAUAUAAUGUAGAAUUUAAAAUAAAAAAAAGAAUUACCGAAAUACCGCGUAUAUAAGCUACAUUAAUACAAAACGGAAAAUGAAAAACAAAAAUACGUACUGAAUAAAAUAUUCCUAUAUAUAUAGCUGUGAGCAUUGUUAUAAAGAAAAAAAAAUUAACAUCAUUUUUUCUGUUAAUAUAUAUAUAUGAAUGCUCAUUGAUUAGUUAAUUUUAUAUUAAUAAUAAAUUAAAAAGAACAUAAAAAAAAGUUUUUUUUAAAUGAAAAUUGAAUUCACUUACAAAAGUUUUAUUUAU